AUGGCAUCUGAGCCCAUGUCCGGCGUCAAGGUUGAGGCAUCUGACGUCAAAGUUGAGAUGCGCGACCGUGAUGCUACUUCUCACACAAUCUCGAGUGACCCCAGCGACCUCAAGGAUGAACUCCUCCAGGCUAUCGAGAGCAUCCAAGUGGAUGGCACAUUUGCGUCCUCAUCCGCCGUGAAUCGCCUCUCGGCGGGCGUAUUCGUUCAUGGCGUCGGCGAUAUCGCAACACCACUCAGCGAGUUUCAUGCAUGCCAGAUGAUCGCCAAGGCCCACCAAGCACCCUACGGCAAAGGCAGCGAUACCAUCGUCGACACUGCCGUGCGCAACACAUGGGAAUUGGAUCCAAGCCAGUUCGAGCUGCGAGAUCCUACGUGGACGGCUCAGGUUCAAAUCUUGUGUAAACAAGUUGCAAAGACUCUGGGCAUCAAUGGAACCAUCAAGGCUGAGCUAUACAAGAUGCUCAUCUACGAAAAGGGUGCCAUGUUCAAGGCACACACUGACACUGAAAAGAUACCUGGCAUGUUUGGCACACUCGUCGUUUGUCUGCCGUCAACCCAUCAGGGCGGAGACGUGGUACUUAAACACAACGGCCAGGCGCACGUCUUCAGGUCGUCGGCCUAUCCCCAAUCUUGUGCCUUCUGGUACUCGGAUGUCUCACACGAGGUCCUCCCCGUCACCUCUGGAUAUCGCUGGGUUCUCACUUACAACCUGGCUCUCGACCCGGCCCAGCCGCGCCCCUCGGCGAGUCUCAUUAGCCAGGUCAACACUCAGCCACUUAGACAAGCGCUGAACCGCUGGCUUGCCCAAGAUCCAACGACACGCGAGAAUGAGUAUUUCUACCACGUUCUGGACCACGACUACACCGAAGCCAGCAUUUCUCUCAAUGCGUUAAAGGCCCAUGAUCUAGUUCGUGUACAAGCCCUGAAGGAAGAGUGCAGCAAGCUUCCCGUCGACGUCUACCUCGCGCUCCUCGAGAAGAUGGAAACGGGAAGCGUCGAGUAUUGCCCUGAUCCCUACGAUAGGAGGAGCUUUUACCGCGGUGGCUAUUAUAGUGGCUAUGGUGGCUACAUCGAAGACGACGACGACGACGAGGAUGAAGACGGCUUCCACGCACUCGACGAGGUUAUAGAGUCUUGGCACAAAGUCUUGACUCUUGUCGACCUGGACGGUCACACUGUAACCAAGGGUCUAGAGCUUGAUGAAGACGACAUUCUCCAGGAAGACGCCUUUGAGGACGUUGAUGGACAGGAGGAGUAUGAAGGGUACAUGGGGAACUCGGGACCAAUGGCGACACACUGGUAUCGCUUAGCGACCGUUGUCAUUGCUCCCCACGACUCUCUUCCCUCUUUAUUUGCCGGUAACAGCGUAUCACCAUCGCCAGUGGCACACCUCGCCCGCAGAUGUUUGCUCCCUCGGGCACCAGAGUCUCUCUUCGUCGCACUCGACAGUAUCUUGAGCGAGACGUGGAACCCCACGGGAACCCCAGGCUACCAGGCAUCUUUGGAUGCGGCAGCCGUGCAGGAAGUCGUCAGAGUUGCAUUGCAACGCGAACGAUAUGAUCUACUUGACAAAACGAUGGCCUUGAGCCCUAGGAAGCUGGAGCCUGGUCUCUGGGACUGGAUCAAGGAGUGGUUAAAUGGGGGUGAUGUCAACCAACGCUUCAAGGCCAUUCAGAAAGGGAUUACCUCGGCUGUUCUCUUGGGUACUGAUCUCGGCCAGCGGGCUGAGGCCAUCACCAGACUGGUUCCCAUCCCUGACCAACUCUCGAGCAUCGAACCAGCUGCGCUUGAGUGGGCUCGCGAAACCACGCGCCAGUGCUUGGAGAGCAGUGCCACCAAUGUUCUGGGCAGCUUAGAUGGGCCAUCCAUGGUAGACCUUGCGUUCUACUUUGACGACCCUUUGGCCUUCCUCUCGGAGACCGUGGCACCCAUCAUCACCAAGCACAAGGCGUCACUGGCACUCGCUGUCAGCUUCCUAUCUCGACUGAUGGACAAGGCAAGUGACGGCAAGCUACCUAUGGAGAGCUCCCUGCAACUAUACCGAUCCAUCGCCAAGACCAUGAUCGCCUCGGUCGACUUCACAAAGGCACAGAGCCACGUCUCGCUUGACCACUCGGCUAAAAAGGCCCGGUACGGUUGCUCGCUAGACCAACUUGGCCGUGAACUCUCAGUGAGCGCCAGCAUUCGUGAGCUGUCGACCCUGUUUAGGGGCUUGAUAAAGGCUGACACGGAGGCUGAUAACCUCGUCGCGUCUUUUGUCUCCAAGCUUACCUCUGAUUGUCCUGGGAUUAAAGCCACUGAACUUCCUCACUUAUGGAUUCCCUUCCUGCGCAAAGUCGACGCGGCUCUGGAUUAUCCCACCAUGUCGUCAGACGAGUCGUCACGCUAUCAGAAACUCUUGACCACCUUUCUCAAGGCCUAUCUUGACAAGUACGUAGGCCGAGAGCCCGUCUACAACAGAAGCUUGGUACGACCCAGAGUUCAUUGCAACUGUGGCGACUGUGAGCGUCUAAACGAGUUCCUUGUCGAUCGUUCUCGUGAAGUCGGACGCUUCGCGGUUAACAAGCAAAGACGUGCCCAUCUCCACCAAGGGCUUGACAGCGCACAUGUCGACUGCACCCACACGACGGAGCGCAGGGGAUCCCCUCAGACCCUCGUCGUGACAAAGACAUUCAAGCAGAUCGCGCAGCGGCUGCAGAGCUGGACGACUCGCCGCACAGAGGCCACCAAGGAGCUAGUGCGUUUUGACCAGGAUAGACUUAAGAAGCUGCUUGGGGACGAGUACACGGCCAUCACCAACAUGGACCGUAUCCUGGCUGCCCGGAGUGCGCGGCAACCCCUGGCAGAGACGGCCCAGGCUGGCUCCUCGCGAGCACCCGUGGUUGGGGAGAAGCGUAGGUGGUCUGAAGAUAUCGAUGUCAUUGACUUGACUGGUGAGUGA